CCAGGAUCGCGCGCGGCGCUGUUUCGGACUUCGGUCGAUAAUUCAGUUUGCCUUUUUACUUGUCGGUGGCGUUUGCAUGUGUUUUAUUAGAUCUCCAAUCGUUUUUAACAGCUUUCUUGAUAACCAGUCCAAUUUUUUUUCUUCACCUUAUUUCAUCAUGCCUGGUGGUAGAAAGAGUGGACGAAAUACAACAGCAAUAGAAUCCGAAAAAAGGCCAAAUUCCAACCCUGACGACACAGUCGAACCAACUGCAGGUACAACAUCCCACGGUAAAGUUGUAGGUGUGGAUGGAACUGCUGCUAUCUCUGGAAACAAAAAACCAAAGAUCGACUCUAGUUCAUCACUGUUUUCGGAGAUCAUGGCAAAAGACCACUUUGUUGAUAAGACAAAAAUUAUAGAGGUUCUAUUCGGGGAUUCAAAAUAUGUUCUUAUCACAAAACCAAGACGAUUCGGCAAGUCCACCAUCAUGAACAUGGUAGAAGAGUUUGUGAAGAAGAAGGUAUACACAACAGGAGAUAAAGUAGGACAAGAAAUUCUGAGGUCAACAGAAAAUGAUCGUGCAUUUCCUGAGAUGAAUUUGCGUCUGUUUGAAGAUGGGAACUUGGAAAUUUCCAAGUGGGAUGAGUUCUCUCGCCAUCGUGGGAUAAUAUCCGACCAUUCACAUAGAUUUCCAACCGAUUGGUAGUAGUGAUGAUUAUCUGGGAAUUUUUCUUGAGUUUAGUAAUGCCGUAAGACGUGCAUUCGAGGAGCACAAAUAUUUACUGUGCUCAACUGUGCUUGACAGAGAAGAUAAAGAACAGUUUGAAAAAUACCUGAAUCCAAAUGAGAUACGACAUGAUAGCAAGCACCCCAGAAGCGAUUUUAUUGGCUUUAUUGUCAAUUCAUAUAACAGAAGCUUUGCCAUUCCUAGCUAAAGUUUUACACAAACACUACAAUCAUGGAAUUUAUCUUUUCAUUGACGAGUACGACGCGCCUAUUAACAACACACUCUUCAUAAAUAAAGAUCUUUGCGAAAAAGUUAAUGGCCUGCUUACCGUUUUCUUUAAAAAUCUUUUGAAGCGACAAGACAGUUUCAUAGCUCGUGCUUUGAUCACAGGGAUAUCUUAUAUGAGUUCAGUAAGCGUGUCAAACAAUGUGAAAAAACACAUGUUUCUCAGAGGAGCACUGGGUGGUGAUGAUAGGUAUGAAGUAUUUUAUGGCAUAACAGAAGAAGAACUGGAGCAGCUCACAACAAAGUUUACUGAGAAAUUUUGGCAGGGCGUGAACAAACUCCCUAAAGAAAAAGUGGAAUCAUAUUACAACGGAUACCAAAGUAUUGGACGGAGUAGAGUCAAGAUAUAUCCUAUUUGGUCAAUUGUGAACGCUCUAGAAAACGGAGAGAUAAGCAAUUAUUGGGAGCAGUCUGGAAUCAUAGCGGGCGCAAGAGAGGGACUUAAGAUACCAAUUGUUCGGAUCGCAAUUGAAAAGUUGUUGUCGGGAAGACACAUUAAAUGUGAAAUUCCAUAUAAAUUAGAGCUAAGACACCUCCAUGACCUGAGUGACGUGAUUUUGAAGAGGGAAGAGAAAAGGACUCUCUUAAAACCUGAUGUUUACCUUUCCUUUCUGAUGCAACAAGGGUAUUUAGUGUAUGAAAAAAAUAUAGAAGAAGACAUAUUUGAAGUUAAAAUUCUUAAUACAUUUAUUGAGAACGAAUUUAGAAAACUGAUCAAUACGGAUGUUGGAAAUCAUUAUGAUUAUCUCACUGCAAAAGUAACGGCAGUGUUCGAGGAGUUCCUAGAUGAUCCAGAUGAUUUAAGUGAUGAAAUUGUGAAGAGGUUAAUUAGUUCUAUGCAGGAGGUAUUUGAACAUGUGAGCGAAAAAUGGAACCAAUCCCACGAAUACAUGUACCAUUGUGAGAUUUUCCACUGUUUGUGUAAGUCAUCAAAGUACAAGUGUUGCACUGAACUGUCGGUACUUGCGUUCAAUUCAGAAAAUAAAGCAGUAAUAAUUAAGGUCAAUCACUGUCAGAGUGCAUUAGAGGCUUUUGAACAAAUUGAAAGUAUAGGCUAUGUAGAAAUUUUCAGGAAAAAUUUAUCAAAAGAAAAGCUCAAAUGUGUUUGUAUGGGAUUGAAUGUGGAUAGCAACAAUAAAGUAAGCAUUGCCUAUAAGAAUGCAGAUGAGCCUGGUUCACCACGUAUUAUUUCUUUGGAAAAUGGAGACUGAAAUGUACCUGUUGUGUUUAUUACAUUGUUAAAUUUCGUUUCUCAAUCAGGUUAAACAGUAGGUUUAUGAAACAUGUAAAAAAAGUUUCUAGUUAUUAUGUUCAAAUAAAGGAAUUUGCAAAAAUUUUACGUCGAAUAAAAAUAUUUUUUUAACUUUCAAACUUAAAAUAAUAUAUUCUUGGCCGGUUGUAUAAAGAUGUGUCAACAUGAUUUUAACUGAUCAUGUGACCCCUCUUUGAACGUG